AUGACCCCAGAGGACUCGAGGCUGCUGUGUCCCUCUGCAGGGGAGGACUCCAUUAGCACCUUGGGCCUGAUCCUCAGCGUGGGGCUGUCACUGCUGCUCGUGUCCAUCCUCGGCUACAGCCUGGCCAAGUGGUACCAGCGUGGGUACUGCUGGGAGGGGCCUAAUUUUGUCUUCAACUUGUACCAAAUCCGGACCCUGAAGGAUCUGGAAGUGGGGCCACCCUUCACCAUCAGUGGCCAUAUCAGCAGUCCAGAUGGCGGCUACAUGAAGUUCUCCAACGGGCUAGUCURACUGGGGCAGCACCUGGCUUCUAGAGCCUGGGAGAGGAACAGACUCCUGGCUUAG